GGACCAUCUAGCGUGGACCCAAAAGCGGUUUAACUGAAGGAAUGGGACGUAAUAACACAAAAUGGCCUUAUGAAAUUAAUUAAAUCGAUGUCAAAACGAAUUAAAAUGUGCAAGAUGUUGGGUUGGAAACAGCAAUUACCUACUAAUAUUCAAAAUAAAAUCUUUUGUUUAAAAACGUAUUUAGCUUCUUUGCUUAGUACUAGAAAACAGGGAUUUUUUCAGUCAAACCUGAAAGAAAUAAAAUUUCAAUGUUUUUCUUCAUAGCGUGAAAAUUAGGAAUGUGAUUGAAUGCGAAAGUCAAACAUAUAUUAGUCGUCCCGUUUCUUUGCUCGCAUGUAUGUUUCACUAAACUAAAUAAUCUUGUUUAGUUUUACGUAGAUUUAUUCCAUUUAUUUUAGCAUAUGUAUUUUUUUUUGUUUACAUUGAUUUAACUUCGAUUAGACUUAAAAAAAUACAAAUACGUCCUAUGGUAAGCAGUCGUGGUAUGGUAUGCGAAUCAGAUUGGAGCCCAAACGGUUCUGUAUAGCACACAAUUUUUUUUAAGUUAUUUUUAUGUGAGAUCGACCCACAUAUAACUCUAAAUUUUAGGCCCAGUAGUUUCAGAUUUAAGAUGAGGAACGGCCAAUUUUUGCCUGUUUUCUUAAAUAUUCUUAAAUGCUUAAAAUAUAAGUAAUUCAUGAUUCUCUCAACAAACCCCAUAAAUAUACAAAACAUGGUAGGUAAGGAUACUGAUUUCAUCGACCAGGAUCGGGGCUAAAAUGAGAAAAUCAACUAAAAUAAGGAAGACAUGAUGCAGAUAGAUGAAAAGGAUAAGAUAGAUGUAAGGUAUGGAACUAGUAUGAUGCAAACGAUAUUACAAGUUGAAUAUCUUGUGUUCGGGGUAUCUCAACUCUUUAUGUAUUGCUGGCACAGCAACGAUGUAAUGUACACUAGCGAGAAUGUAAUCCACGGCCCCUACGAAAGCAGAUGGUGGUCUGAGAAUGCUCUCCGCAAGGACCUCGUCAUAUUACUGGGGCAGUACCGCAAAGAGAUUGUAUUUUCUGCAGGGCCUUUCACCAAUCUAACUCUACCCACUUUUAUAAGUAUUUUGAAAGGUGCCUACAGCUACUACACAUUGUUGACCAAGUCACGAACAGAUAUUUAAAAGUAGAGCAGUGGCUGUAGAUAUUUUUAGUUAACGAGUUCACCUCACUUCUACUAUCUUGUAUAUUGUCUAAGUACUUUAAAAAUGUAUUAAAUUUAGAAAAAAAAGUAAAUAUUAUGUUUGCUAACUGUGAUUUAUUAUAUAGAUGUAUAUCUUUCAUCAUGGAUAAUUUAUUUGUUUUGUUUUAUUUGCGUUAUUGGCAUUUUCAUGGGUAAUUAUUUGGAAAAACUAGUAUUUAUUUUGUGAAAAUAAGAAUGUAAUAUAGAUAAUACAUAAAAUGGCCCAUUAUGUCUGUUUGUCGAGGAAUUUAUCUGAUCCCAGGAUAAUUGAAACGUGCGAAAGCUAAUAUCUCGCGGAUUACCUAUAUUAUUUUUUCCAAUAUUCUUUGUUCUUGUAUAAAUCUGGUAAGAUUAUUGUAGGUGAAUUAAAAAACGAUGCAGUGAGAUUAAAUAAAUAAAGUGAACAUAAAUAUUAAGACUUAAUAAGGAUGUUAACAGUUUUUUUUACGUAUCUACUUAAGUACUUGUCGUUUUGAAGCAUUUCCGCUAAACUCUUAACUCAGCGGUGAAUGUGUUUUCUUUAAUAACUAUGUACUUACUAAUAUUGUCACCUUGUACGAUAGUAAAAUUUUUGCUUAGUUUAGUGCCUAUGAUGUACGAAAUACAUUGCCGCUCGAAAAAACAUCAAAAGUUAAUUGUGCUCUAGUACUCGUUGUUGAGACUAAAUAAAAAAAUUCUUCCAGGAUAGCUAGAAAAAAUAGCACUAUAACCUACGCCUAGUUUAAGUUUGCAGUUAUAUCAAAAAUACAUAUUUAGUUGACUUAGUUAUUAUAAAAAAUCAGAAAAUUAGACAUUCAUUUUAAUAACAUUAAAAUCACGUUAAAUUCACUGACUGUAUACCUAUACAACCAGAUUUGUAAGCAUAGGUAAUAAUUUAACCGCUUAAAUUGUAUGCAUAACAAUGGAUCAGAGCAUAAUAAAUUCUGAUACAAACAUUUGCAAAUCUAUUUUAACAACCACCGUAUACGAAAUUGUUUGCCAAAACAAAGGUACAGCGCGUUCAAUUCCGCGUUAAAAUUAUGUAAAUAGCAGGGACAAAGUGCUCAGGUGCCAAGUUUUUGUCUGUACCCAAAGUAAUUUACAUAGGUCGGUAAGAAAAAUACUUGACACUUACUACAGAACACUUUUUGAGUCAGCUUAGUUAGAGCUUUUUAGAAUAAAAAAAUAGUUUGACUUACAUACGUGUUAUUAUCAAAGUGGUUGUUCUUUAUUCAGAUUUCGGGUAGUUACUGAUCGCUUCGAUGAUUCGCAUCUUACGACGGUAGCUGUUAAGUUCUUAUUUGUUAACUGGGGAGCCAGCAAAUGUGUGGCAGUUGGACGUCAGGUUUAUCACUACUACAAGCAAAUUAAAAUACAAAAAAAUAUUUUCUUCUUUGUUUUCAAACAACAAUAGGAUUAAGCGUAAAAAAAUCCAUAUUAAUAUUUGAAAUAAAUUCUGAAAACAACGUGAUUUCAUAAACAAAAUAACAGAGACAUUGAAACGCAUUUACCGGAUUAUAUCGGAAGAGGGCCAAUAAGGUUCUCGUUCAAUUUUAUUAAUCUUCCGUACAAUAAAGUUUAAGCAAAAUGGAUCAUCGUAAUCGCCAACCUUGACAUAAAACUGUCAUAUGCCACGGUUUUGCCAGCUCCGUUGCAGGGUACUUGUAACAAUUAAGUUACCUACGAACUGAAACUUAGGUACAGUCAGCAUCAAAAGUAGCGGAUCAAAUAACGUUUCAUAAGUAUCUACCAUUCUGUAACUGCUUAAGAAAGAUAUACUUUAGAGCGCGAAUUGUAGAAAUUUAUCUAUACUUGGAAAAGUUAUCCAGAAUAUCAGAUACUUUUGGCGCGUUGUCUCAUCCGCUACUUUUGAUGCUGACUGUACCUACUAAGUUAAAUGAAAUAACUUGUGAAAAUCGAAUCGUAUUAAUGUUAAAGAACGACAACGUCUUAUGAAAUUAAAUGAGUCUUUUCCUAAAUAAAUAUGCUCUCACUAAUUAAAAUAGAACCUUGUAUAGUCGCAUCCAGAUAAAACCAUGAAACUUGGAAUGGCUAUAAUAAAAAACGGAAGUGGAAAUAACUCGUCAAAUGUUUUCCCCCUUCUUUUGAUAACUGUUUUUGACAUGAUUGAACCUUGUUUUGAUAACCUGAUGAAUUAAAUACAAGCUUAGACCCCAAGGAACAUACAUAGACCUUUAUUAAAUUGUAGAAAUUUAUUGAGAGCACUACUGACCUUUCAAUAGGUAACCCAUGAUACAUACAUCCAUCUAUUUCGGCCACUUAAGUAUGCUUUACAUUUGUUUUUAGACAUUAGACGUUUGCCGUUGACAUAUGUACCUGACGGAUAUUUUCAUGUAACUCUAAACAAUAAUAAUAUUUAUUCUUGAACCAAUUUAUCAUUUAUGCAAUUCUUAAAAACACAAGUAACUUAAAAUACAACACGAUACAUUCGUUAAAAUAAUAAUAAAAACAAAAACAUACAGAUUAAAAAAUAAAUAUAAAAUAAUCCACCCUGAAUCGUAUCCGGCUCAAUGGUCCCCAUUAUUCCCGCUGCGUUUCCCCGCUGAACUGCAAUGGAAACCUGCUGAACCAAAUACGACCCAGAGCGAGGAUCGCAGCCCCUCUCGCGCAAACGGCGCCCUAAUUCUUUAAUAAAAGCGCGAGCCUCUGACCCCCAAGGCCCUGCCGUCUCGAUCGCCACCGGCACAAAGUCGUACGAAGAUUCCAGCGCGGCGUACUUCGCGUGCUUAGCCCGUGCCGCGGACUCCGCUGCUGAGCCAGCACAGCUUGUGGUCUGCCUCAAAUGGGAUGGGACUCUAAACUCAAAACUUUACUAUAAAAAUACUACGCAUUUCAUUAAUAAUUGUACCUACAUCGAUGCCUUGAUUUAUCAAUAUAAAUAUAUGUAUUAGUGACUUACCCGUCAUUUAGCAGGUCAUUCAUAAAAAUCUUCAAAAUCAGAUCAUAAUCCACCAAAUUAAAAUUUUAGCCAUCCGCUUUUAAAACACGUAUUAUGUUAUAUUUCGUGGACCUUAACUCGAAUUCAUUGUGAUGGUUAUAAUUAAAAAUACCAACGAAUAUAAAUUUUGAAAUUAACUAGUCUUAUCGUAAGUAAUAAGUAAGCAAUUAAAUAGGUAAUUACCCGUAAUUAUGUAUACCUUUUAUAAUGUUUCUACGUUACUAUAUUUUUAUUAAAAGAAGUAUUUUUUAUGAACGUUGUCGUGGGUGGGUAGCAUUCCUCCAUAAUAUAAUAUAAUGUUAUUAAUUCCACACACACCCUUCACGUUAUGGUAUGAAUUUUUAUAGCCACCGCUUAUGAAUACAGACCUUUUGAUGUACUGUGGCGACUAAUCGUUACGGCCUUUCCAGAGGAAACCGUUAAUUGAAAUUCUAAGUGACGUAGCGGGUCAUGAUGGUUUAGGGUUUUUUUUUUUUGGUAUAUCUAUCUAUCUAUUUAUAGCGGCUAUUUGGUUGUCCCUAUCCCACAGUGACCUAUCCCACAAAACUUUACAAGUGUAUAAGUUGUUAGAUUUGUAGCUGGCCCUCAACGGCUUAUCUUUUGUCCAUUGUUAACUAAAACGGCGCGUGCCACUACCUGCAAAAAAAGAGUCGUAUAAUUCUAAUUGGCACCUGAGCGCGGGCUAGUCCAACGCUCAAAAAACCAGUGUAGGUGUGCUCUCCGAUAACGCGUCUUUGUUACGCAUAUCGAGGACACAUUUUAGGCUGGUUCGGUAGCGUUAGACUCGCCGGCACUCAGUAACCGUAUAGUGACCACACAAGAACUCGCAAAUUAUUUUUCCAUUUGUUCAUUUUGAAUCUUAUUUCAAUUACCAUAGGAGUUGUAAUUAAAUAACCGGUUACAGUGACCGGGCCCUUUUUUUGCAGGUAGUGGCACGCGCCGUUUUAGUUAAUAAUGGACAAAGGAUAAACCGUUGAGGGCCAGCUACAAAUCUAACAACUAUAAAUACAAUUCGACUAAAGUGUUAAAAUGUAAACAAAAAAAUGUACCACAUUCAUUCCAAAUAUGUAUUCGUUACGUGUUUGCAGUGUACAAAUAUGUCACUUUUGUGAAAGCGUAUCACAAAGAAUAAAGGUAUGUCACGACAGCUACGUAUUUGUAGGAUUGUUGAUUUGUAAAAUACAAGCUUAAACGCUUUUCUAGAUUAUGCAAUAUUACACAUGUCAAAUAACCGCACUUCUUUUCGUGAAGGUAACUAAACUAUAUGAAUUUAUUUUUUCAGCAGGUCUAUUUCGCAAAAUGGUACUGAUGGU